UCCAAAAAAGGAAAGAGGAAGUCGUUUUAUAAUAAUUUGAAGGACUUGUUGCCAGAAUCGGCAUUCAUCAAAUUAGCAACGGCUGAGUUUGAGGAACCGUGUUCAACUUCCGUUACAAUAGAAAUUAAUACUGAAGUACCUGAAUGUGUAAUGCCUAAGUCAUCAAAGAAAGACUUAAGUGCUGAUGAUAUACAUCUGAUUGAACAAGGCACCAUUGGUCAGUCUGAGAAUGAGGCAUGGCACGAUUACAGAAAAGGCCGAUUAACUGCCUCUAAUUUCUAUAGAGUGUACACAAAAGUUGAAACCCUUAAAACUAAGGGGGGUGAUGCACAGGAACUAGUGGACACAAUCCAGGGUAAAAGUAAUGGACCGUCGGAACAUUUACCUGCUCUAAAAUAUGGAAGAAACAUGGAGAAAGUUGCUAAGGAUAAGUAUGUGAAACUGUUUCAGAGGGAGCACAAAGAUGCAAAAUUCAGAGAGUGUGGACUAUUUAUUGAUGAAUCUGACCAAUUCAUUGGAGCAUCCCCUGAUCUGCUUGUUGAAUGUUCCUGUUGUGGAUUAGGGGUGCUAGAAGUGAAGUGCCCUUAUUCUAUUGUUAAUGAUUUACCAUCAGAAGACAAUCUUUCCUACCUGGUAAAGAUUAAUGGCAAAAUUGUCUUGAAAGAGAAGCAUGCAUAUUUUGCACAGAUACAGGGACAAAUGGCUGUGACAAAGAGAACAUGGUGUCACUUCCUGGUCUACACCCAAAAGGGUUAUCAUCUGGAGCUAAUCAAGUUCAAUAAUGAUUACUGGGAAAAGAUAAAGCAAAACCUAAUUUGGUUUUAUAAUAAGUAUUUAAGUGAAUGA